GACAGCUUCAGCAUGUGCGACGAGCAAAACGAAUGCAAAACGCUCCAUGUUUCAUGGCAUCAUGACUGAAAAUGAAGGAAUGCAAACCAUGUAGGCAGAAAAGAAGUUGGUCAAAAAAAGAGAGCAAACUUUGCCGCAUGCCAUGUUGUGAUUCAGUUGAGUACGGUGGAGCGUUUUUUACUUUAACUCAGCUCCGAUGAUUAUCCUUUAUUUUAAUGAACAGGGAAGGUAAACUGCAUACCGGAGUAACCGGUAACAAAUAAAUCCAACUUUACUUAACCGCAACUACUGAAUGUAAAUUCACACUUGUGCGGACGAACCACGGCACGAAACCUACUCAAAAUUUUCUCCACGGCGUUCACAUUGUUUAUGCUAACACUGCCAAACCAUUAUAAAAGGGAGACACCACAAUGCACAAUUCGCCAUCCAUCUCUUUACUCAGAACUCGUUAAACUUCCCUACAAUUAUAGCCAACUGGGCACGCUGAACUGCUGAAGCCAUGGCAAGCCGAGCUCUGACUCCCUUCCAGCUCGUGGCCAUCCUCUUGGUGGCGUUCCUUGCCACAUGCCACGCUGGCGGCAUCGCCGUCUACUGGGGCCAGAACGACGGCGAGGCGUCCCUGUCCGACACGUGCGCGUCCGGCAACUACAAGUUCGUCAUCCUCGCGUUCGUGUACAAGUUCGGCAAGGGGCAGACGCCGCAGCUGGACCUUGCCAGCCACUGCGACCCCUCGUCGGGCGGCUGCACGGGGCUGAGCGAGGACAUACGUUCGUGCCAGAGCAGCGGCGUCAAGGUCCUGCUCUCCAUCGGCGGCGGCGAUGGCAGCUACGGCCUGACCUCCGAGGGGGACGCGCGCGACGUGGCCGCGUACCUCUGGAACAACUACCUCGGCGGCUCGUCGUCGUCCCGGCCCCUCGGCGACGCCGUCCUUGACGGCAUCGACUUCGACAUCGAGCUCGGCGGCGCCAAGUACUGGGACAGCCUCGCCAGGGACCUGAAGAACAUGGGCAAGAACCAGGGCGGCAAGGGGGUGCUGCUGAGCGCGGCGCCGCAGUGCCCGUUCCCGGACGAGUGGGACAGCAACGCGAUCAACACGGGGCUCUUCGACUUCGUGUGGGUGCAGUUCUACAACAACCCGCCGUGCCAGGUGAGCGCGGGCCGCGGCGCGUUCAUGGACGCUUGGAAGCAGUGGGAGUCAGUGCCGGCGGGGCAGAUCUUCCUGGGCCUGCCCGCCUCCAAGGACGCCGCGGACACCGGGUUCGUGCCCGCCGGCGAUCUCAACUCCAACGUGCUGCCGCUCAUCAGGGGCUCGCCCAAGUACGGCGGCGUCAUGCUCUGGUCCAAGUACUACGACGAUCGCACGGGAUACAGCUCGGACAUCAAGAGCUACGUGUGAAUGUGAUAUUUGCUUGCUCAGCUUCAUGUCUCUCGAGUCUCGACAUGUUACAGUCUUACAGAUACAGAGCUGCGGUAUACUGUAUUCCCUAGUGCAGUGAUUUGUUGU